AUGGAAAAAUACGGGUUCCCAAUUCUGUCUUUUGAGGCCAUUCAAAGUAUUUUGGCAGAAAUGGGGCAACAUAUAGAAAAAGAUGACAUAUCAACAAAACCCAACUGGUCUCGUCUUCGUCCAAUAUACGAAUUUUUCUUGGAGGCGUGUCUGUAUAUCCCCAAAGACGAAUAUUUCCCGGCUCCUGAUUAUAUUGAUGCUUCUAUAGAAGUGGAGGAAAUUGAUGCCGAAACACUUGAAUUAUUGGCCUUUUUGUAUAGAUUGGGCUGUCUUGCGGAGAUAGCAGGAAUCAAUGAUUUUGCUAUUCGUGACUCUGUCAAACCAGAACCCGGUCGUAUUCGAAAAAUUCUAAGUGGUAUAAUUAACUUUGCACGAUUCCAAACAGGCAGGCAGCCGUUUUUCGACGAAUUAGAAGCAAAGCUUUUGGAUGCACGAGAAGCAAUCGAAAAGGCAGCGGAAGAACAGAAUGCACUUUGUAAGGUAGUGAGCGCCUUAGAAUUGGAACGUAAAGAGCAAGAACCCGAAUUGAAGAGACUCAAAGAAGCAAAUAAUAGCCUGACUGUGGGUUUAAAGGAGCUGAAAAAUAUAAAUACCCCGUUAAUUAACGAAAUAGAUACAUUAAAGCAGAAUAGGAAUGACAUCACGCAUAAAUUGUCAAAUAUCGCUUACGGGACCGUGAAUUUGAAACAAGAGAUCGAAAGGCUAAAAAUGCGCAAAUUGCCUCAAGAUCCAGAGAAAUUGAAAAUGUCGAUUGAGCAUAUGAACGAAUCUGUCAAGAAGGAACAAGAGCUCGCCUCUCUACAAGAUCGAAAACAUAGAGAUGUUAAACGGAAAUUAGACUUAGCAACUGGUCUACUUGAGAAAGCAAAAUCAUGUGAACAAAGUAUCGAGGAGGCCGAAAACGAGAUCAAAAGAUGUGACAAUGAUAAACAAGCCAACCAAGAAUUAAGCCAGAAACUUGAAUCACGGGGACUCGAAUUAUCGAAUCUGCAAGCGGAGUUGGAGAGAUCACGAACGCAAGAAACAAACAAUCGUGAAAAGUUGGGUCAUUAUUUAGAGCAGGCUAAAAAACAAUUACAGGAACUGGAAGAAAAGUGGAUCGAAUCUGAAGAAGAGUAUCAGAAAUUAAAGGGCGAAGAUGACGAAAAUGACGAGAAAAUAUUUCAAGAACAACGAGUUAUUGAAGAGUUAGAACACAAGAUUUCGUCAAUGCGUAAAGCUGAGGAGAAGAAUCUAAUCGAAAUGACUAAUCGUAGAAAUGAGUUCGAGAAUCAGGCUAAAUCUCGGUUACUUAAUCUCAUGUAUAAAAUGGAUAAAAUCUCUCAAAAGGCUUGA